GGGGAGAGGAAGGAAGGAGAGCCUGAGUGUUUCUUCUGUUUGUUGAAUGCUGCAUUGCCCGAGAAUCCGUCCGCAUCUCAUCUCUUUCAGCCGCUUACCCCACCCAGACCUUCUCGCAGCCCCUCGCCGGUAUUGAGGGGAGCCCUUGACCUCCGAGCAGCUGUAAAAAGGUGCCGCCCACGCCCCCUCUCCCGCCCUCCCCGUGACCAUCGGCCACUCAUCACCCUCUUGCUUCCCCGGUUGGUCUCUCUCUUUCGCCCACGAUGUCCUCCCCCGGCCCUGAGGGCAAGUUCAAGCGCGAGGGGUUUGUGAUAUCCAGCAGCGGCCCCCUGACCAAGUACUAUGACGUCGAGCAGCGGAAGCUGGGCCAGGGGACCUAUGGCAGUGUGAGCAAGGCCGUCAACAAGAGCACCGGGGCGCUGCGGGCGGUCAAGCAGAUUUCCAAGAGCCAGGUCAAGAACAUCGAGCGAUUCAGACAGGAAAUCGCCAUCAUGAAACAACUCGACCACCCCAACAUCAUGUAAGACUGAAAGACGAUACACGGGACAGGGAGGGCGCACACACCGCACCACAAACCAAGAGGAAGGAACGACAUCCAGCCAGGCAGACAGCUCACGAAUGACUGUCGUGAUGGGGUGUUGUGGUGUGUUGUCGCAUCGAUCGGUCGAUCUCGAUCCCUUUAUCUAUCUUAUCAAUCAGCAAGCUGUUCGAGACGUUUGAGGACCACAAGAACAUCUAUCUGGUGCUGGAGCUCUGCACGGGCGGAGAACUCUUCGACAGGAUCAUCGAAGAGGGGUGGGCCGGGCCACACAGAUAGAUGCACACAUGGCUCCCUCCCUCUGGCCGUCCGUCCCUCCACCUGUUUGGUGUGUGUGUAUGGUGUCUGUCAGGUAUUUCACCGAGAAGAAUGCGGCGGUGCUGAUGAAGCAGAUCCUUGCGGCCGUCUACUACCUCCACUCACACAAGAUCGUCCACAGAGACCUCAAACCUGUGCGCACCCACACCACACCACACCACACCAGACAUACCACACCAGACACACACUGAUGGAUCCGUCAUGUAACUUAACUGCUGCAUGGCUGUGCGUGUGUCUGGCUACCAGGAGAACUUUCUCUUCCUGAACAAGACGCCCGACUCACCACUCAAGAUCAUCGGUAGCCUGACGACAAGAUUACGCACGGCAUACACUCAUUCUUGUGUUGUGUUGUGUUGUGUUGUUGUUGUGUAGAUUUCGGUCUGGCGGCUCGGUUCGAGUCGGGCCAGGUCAUGACCACCAAGGCCGGAACGGUACUCACUGAGGGUGGAGAGAGAGGCGUGGCGUUGCUGUAUGUGUAUGUGUAUGUGUAUGUGUGUGUCCUUCAUUCAGCCCUACUACGUGGCCCCCCAAGUGCUGCAAGGCAAGUACGACUACGCAUGCGACACAUGGUACGCCAGACGAACACUGACACUGACUGACGGCUGAUCUGAUCAGGGCUGGGGGCUUGGACAAGGAAGGAAGGAUGUGUCCGUGUGUGUGUGUGGUGUGUGUGUGUGCAGGUCAGCUGGCGUGAUCAUGUACAUAUUGCUGUGCGGCUACCCACCCUUCCACGGAGACACAGACGCAGAAAUCCUACAAAAGGCAGGGCAGGGCGGGGCAGCACGACUGACUGACGCAGACGGAUGCAUGGAUGGAUGGAUGGAUGCCAUUGCACAAUCCCUCCCUGCCUGUCUGUGCGUGUGUUGCAACAUAUAGGUCAAGGCGGGCAAGUUCAAGUUCAACGAGGCUGACUGGAAGAACGUGUCGGGCGAGGCCAAAGACCUCAUCCGGAAACUGCUCACCUUCAACCCCAAGGGUACCAUAGCAUGGCGGUGUGUCUUGUGUGUUAAAUGAAUGCAUUGGUUGGUUGAUCAGACCGCUACACGGCCGAGCAGGCGUUGAAUCAUCCAUGGGUGCAGCACCUGGCUCAGGCAUCCGACGCCCCCAUCUCAAGAUCUAUCGUCGACAACUUCAGGGUACACACCACACCACACGACACGCACGGCACGGACAGCCAGGCAUGGCAUGGCAUGGCUGCACUGCACUUCUCUGUGUGUCUUGUCUGUCGUAUGUGUGUGUGUGUUUAGGCAUUCCGGGCCCAGUCCCAGCUGAAAAAGGCCGCCCUGACGGUCAUCGCCCAGCAAAUGUCAGAAAACGAAAUCUCAACACUCAAGAAAAUAUUCAUGGGUGGGCGACUGAGGUGGUCAACUGACUGACAAGAGCUGAGCCGGGCACUUACCACGUCAAUGUGUGCGUAUGCCGUGUGACGUAUGCCUCUGUCUGUGUGUGUGUGUGUGUGUGUGUCUGUGCAGCGCUAGACAAAAACGGCGAUGGAUCACUGACAGUGCAGGAAAUCAGAGGUACGCACACACACAGACAGCAGGGGCGGGGCUUGGUGUUGGACCGUUUGUGGUUCUGUCUGAUGGAUGGGUGGUUGUCCCUCCCACAGAGGGUUUGACCAAGGCCGGUUUGAAGGACAUCCCCCCGGACCUGGAGCAGCUGAUGAAGGAGGUCGACUCGGACGGCAGCGGCGUCAUCGACUACACUGAGUUCCUCGCAGCCACACUCGACAAAAAGCUCUACAUUCAGGUCGGUCCGUCAUUCGGAGAGAGACGCACGGGAUGGAUGAGGAUGGAUGGAUGGACAAUGGUGAUGUGUUGAGUGUCGCGUGGGUGUGGUGUGCAGGAGGACGUCUGUUGGGCGGCCUUUCGCGUGUUCGACAUCGAUGGCAACGGCAAGAUCACUGCCGAGGAACUACAACACGUAAGAAGGCGGCCAGGCCAAACCCAGCCCAGAGAGCCGGGCGGUUCUGAGGCAUGCAUGCAUUUGUGUGUCGUUUGAUGGUGUGACUGUGUGACUGUGUUGUGUGUGUAGGUGUUGGGAAUGGACAGCGUGAAGGGUGCGUUUGACAACACGGCCAUCGCCAACAUCAGAGAUAUGAUCAGAGAAGUCGACCGAGACGGGGACGGGGAGGUAAGGACGCAGACGCAAUCGAUCGCCGGCACAGAUACGCACUGUACUUACAUGAUGCGAUCGACACACACACACACACACACCAACAGACAAACAAAGGCCCUUGUGUGUGUGUGUGUGUCUUUCUUGUCUGUCCAUCACUCAGAUUGACUUCGAUGAGUUCAUGAAGUAAGCUAGCCAAGCGCACAUCAACCAACAAAGACAAAGAGUAUGGCCGUCGCAUCGCAUCACCUCACCCGGGCUGGCUGUCUCUUUGUUUGUCAUGUAUGUCAGGAUGAUGCGGGACAGAAAGUAGGCCGUCCGUCGCCCCACUCGGAGGGAUCGGUCGGCCGUUCUCCCGCUCUUCUUUUCUUGUUGGUUGAACUUGUCUAUCUGCCAACCUGACCGAUUGCUUGCUCGCUCUCUUCGUGCCCGACUACCUGCCUACCUGCCCGCCUGCUUGUGUGUGUACGCGUGUCUACCAUGGUGGAUGGAUGGAUGGAUGGGCGGAUGGAUGGAUGUGGUGCUUUCUGCUAGUUGAAUGGGAUGCUGCCG